AUGUCGACUAAUAGUCCGAAUAACUCGACUCUCACGAUUUCUCCCUUCGUGAGGGGCCAGAAAAAAAAGGACUUUUACGCGACGCCUCCGAAUGUACUUCUACCCCACCAAUCCUCUAACUCCAAGAUGUUCUCAACACCCUCGUCUCAGAACUCGUCAUUGAAAUUCGAGACAGGUCUUGCAGAGGAUCCUCCGCUUACACAAGCUGAUAGGCUGAGGCUCUGGAGGCAUGACGCAUUUUUCCAGCACCAUUACACCACGGCGGAGUAUGUGGGUGAUAAGGUUUUGUCUUUGACCAACGAUCCGAACGAUGCUUUUUGGUUGGCCCAGAUAUAUUAUGCUACGGGAAACUACAUUGGCGCAAGAACUUUAUUGAUGGGCCCUGACUUCGAGGACUCCAUCGCUUGUCGGUACCUUGCUGGUCAAUGUCUUAUCAAGCUGGAAGAGUGGGACGAGGCCCUGGAUAUAAUAGGUGAUGUGAAUCCCUUCAAGACGGAUCAUUCCACCAACAAAAAUCUGGAUGGUGGGAUUAAGCUGGAGGCUUCGAUGUGCUAUUUAAGAGGAGUGAUAUUCUCAAGACAAAACGAUUUCGAAAGAGCAAAAGAGUGCUUUCAAGAAGCUGUGCUGGUGGAUGCUAAGUGUUUCGAGGCCUUUGACGAAUUGAUCAAGAAUAACUUGCUAACACCAAAAGAAGAAUGGAGCUUACUUAACUCGCUACAUUACGAGGAUGCUGAUAUCAAUGGCGAUCUGGUGAAGUUGCUUUAUACCACGAGACUCAACAAGUAUGUCAAUAUGCCCUCUUUCGAAGAGGCAGAAUCGCGACUGCGAGAGGAGUACAACCUUGGGAACAACGCUGAUAUUCUGCUGAGCAGAGCAAACUUGCUAUUUGUUCAGUGCAAAUUCCAACAGUGUUUACUGAUAUGUGAGGAGUUGAUGGAGAGGAAUUCCACCAAUUUUUCGGCGAUCCCUCUGUAUCUCAGUUGUUUGCACGAACUAGGAGGCAAGAACAAGCUCUUUCUGAUAGCUCAUGAACUUGCUGACAAUCACCCCAACCAUCAUGUGACAUGGCUUGCGAUAGGAAUUUACUAUUUCUCCAUCAAAAAGAUUGGUGAGGCCAGAGCCUUCUUUUCUAAAGCCUCAACAGUGUCGCCGAAUUUCGGUCCCGCCUGGAUAGGGUUUGCACAUACUUUUGCUGCGGAAUCAGAGCAUGAACAGGCCAUAAGUGCUUAUGCGACAGCUUCGCGUCUUUUCCCAGGCUCUCAUUUGCCAAACAUGUUUUUGGGGAUGCAGUAUCUUCAGAUGAACAAUUUGUCGCUGGCUGACGAGUAUCUGUCAUCUGCAUUCUCAAUCUGUCCGAACGAUCCUCUUUUGCUGAAUGAGCUGGGUGUCGUAUACUACCAUCGAGGGUCUCUCGAGAAUGCUGAGCAAUACUUCUUGAGAGCUGUCACUGCUGCAAAGAAUCUGAGCGCGGACUCCAAGGUUUGGACCUCCGUAAACUCCAACCUUGGUCAUGUGUACCGUCGCAUGGACAUGUAUGGGAAGGCACUGCAAUGUUUCAAAAAGGUGCUGAAAGUUUCCAACAGAGACGUGAACACAUAUACCGCCCUGGGUCUGGUUUACUUGAAAAUGCGCGAUUUGACACAGGCCAUCGAGGUUCUGCAUACUGCGCUUGGCAUUUCGUCAACCAACCGUGUAGCCAGUGACCUACUGAAACGGGCUCUGGAACAGGGCUCGGGCGACAGCAAGGAUUUCUUCGGCAAGACGGAGAGGCUGGGGCGGCUUGUCCAACAGCCUGUCGGUGGUCUGGUGACUGAGACCCCUUUGAACAGAAACAAGGGCAAUAGGAUAUCUUCGAGCGGCGUUAACUCCGAGUACGCAAUUGAUGUUAUGGUGGACAAUCUGAAGAAGGGUGCGGAAUCUAGUGAUGAGGAAGAUGUGAUGGAAAUCGAGAGUGACUAA